AUGGGCUGGUUCUUCAAGUCAGAAUUCUUUGACUUUGAAUUCCUUCGCGUCAUUGGCACCGCCCCUGUGCAGGGAGCCGAGAUUGGCGAGUGUCUGGAAGCCGUGUCGCGCAUUAAGGACGGCGACAUCGACAGCUGGUACAAUGUCUGGACCGAUCUGGCAGGACGGGCAAAGACACUUGGCGAAGAGGCCCUCCAGGAAAACGACAGCGAGGCUGCCAGAUGGGCUUUCUUCCGUUCGUCCAACUACUGGCGGGCUAGCGAAUUCUUCCUUCAUUGCACCCCGUCUGAUCCGCGCCUCGUCCGCGUCUUUGAGCAGAGCGUGUCUUGUUUCAAACAAGCGAUUGCUCUGCUGGAAGGCCCAACCAUGAUCUUGGAAAUUCCAUACGAAGACAUCCAUCUGCCCGGAUAUCUCUUCCUCCCUCCGGCACAGAAACGGCUGUCUGGGGGAACCCCGUUGAUCGUCCACACCGGGGGAUUCGAUUCCAUUGGAGAGGAGCUCUACUUCUACGUGGCAUCAGGAGCCACCCAACGAGGAUACGCCGUCCUGAUCUUCGAUGGACCCGGUCAAGGAACCGUCUUACGACAUCACAACAAGCCCUUCCGACCGGACUGGGAGAUAGUCAUCGGCAGAGUCUUGGACUACGUGAUUGACACUCUCCUGCCUGGUCCCGCUGCGCCCUACAACAUUGAUCCGAACGCAAUUGCCAUCUUCGGCGCCUCCAUGGGCGGAUAUCUGGCACUUCGAGGAGCCGCCGAUUCCCGGAUCCGGGCUUGUGUCUCCUGCGACGGAUUCUACGAUAUGUUCGACAUCACCCGCACGCGCAUGCCUUCAUGGUUCAUCAACGGCUGGAUCAGCGGCUGGAUCAGUGACGCUGUCUUCAACUGGGUGGUGGGUUGCCUGUCAAGGCAGAGCUUCCAGCUAGCGUGGGAGUUUGGGCACAGCAUGUGGGUGUAUGGUGUUGCCACGCCGGCGGACGUGAUGCGCCGAAUGCAGACCUUUACCCUGCGACUGCCUGAUGGCAAGGAAUUCCUCCGAAAAAUCGACGGGGCAGUUCUGGUGACGGGAGCCAAGGACACCAUGUACUUUGCGCCGGAGAUGAACGCGGAACGGAUCUUCGCCAAGCUGCAGCAUCUACCCGAGAGCAAGAAAAAGCUGUGGGUGGCUGAGGGUGUUGGCCAGGGAGGGUUACAGGCCAAAAUCGGCGCAAUCGGCAUUAAGCAGCAGCGCAUGUUUGCUUGGCUGGACGAGCAGCUGCAAAUCCGCCGAUGA